GAGGAGCCCCAAUCCUCUUACCCAAAGCCCCUGAAUACUUCCGCCACGCAGGUCACCUCCGGGCCUCUCCUGCUCCAGGUGGCCGUCAUGCCGGGGCUGGCAGGCGAGCAGGGGAUGGAGGGCUGGAGCCCGGCCCCACCGCUGUAUGAGGAGUACCGCCCACCCCCCCUGGAUGCCAUCCGCCUGCCCAGAUAUGCGCUGUACCUGCUGCUGGCGGCCCUCCUGGUGGUGGCCGUGGCAUAUGCCAUUGUGGGUCAUCUCAUCAAGGACCUCGCCCAUGACCUGGCCGGUGAGCUGCUACCCACCACGAGCCCUGCUUGGGACAGUGCUGGGCCGCUCUGGGCCGGGGGGUGGGGGGGGCGGGAUGCAAGGGCCUCUCGCAGCCAGGGAGGGGACAGAGGGUGGGUGAGGCCCCGGGAGGCUCCUCACCUGCGUCCUACUGCAGACUGGGCCUUCGGCCCGAAGCCAGAGCAGGAAGACGCCCCUCGGGAACUGCGCUCGAGCCUGGAGGGUGAGGAUCUGGAAGAGCUGGACCUGCAGCUGGCCCUGGCCUGGCGGGGUGAUGAGGACCCUGGCGGGGGUGGCGACGCAGCCCCUGCAGAAGCCCCCGCCCCGGCUACCCGCCGCCCUUCCAUUGCCUUCAAGGACCCACCUGCUCGAAGCUCCUUCUGGAGGCUGGACUGAGCCGGGCCCUGCCCUCUAGCCCGGUACCUGGGUUUGAACCCCUCUGGCAGUUGUGUAGACCGGACUUGUGCACGCUGGAUCCCUUGCUCCACUGAUCUGCCCCGUCUUGGCAGAGAAUGUUCUCUUUCUUGGCUGGCAGGUUCCAGUGGUUGGUCACUGGCACUUUCCACACUCCUGCUCCCCCCGUAGCCCCAGAGCCUGAUUCUGCCCAACCUCCACCAAGAAGAGUUUG